AUGAGCGGUUCCCAAGCGCUUCGCCGCCUCUUAUUUCUUGAUGUAGAAGACGGAUCUGUCGCUCGUCGUGGGUAUCACUUUAGCGGUACAUACGAACCACUACUUUACUCCACCACUCUUGAUCAACCAGCGGCUGUUAAUCCCCGUAGUGCCUUUCGAUUUUCCUGUUGUUGUCUUCUUUCUUGUUUCCUCGGAUGUCUAACGAUGAAGGCACGUAAUAUGGAACGAUGGUGGUUGGGUCUAUUCUUUAUGGGUGGAAUGUAUUACAACGGGGUGAAGGCGCAUAAGGUGAACAAUGGUUUAGUUGGCCACCAAAGUGGUUUCUUCGCUGCGGGAAUGGGUGUAAUGGGGUGCAGCGCCCGACUGAUGGUGCGUGCAGGUAGUGUGCGAAACAACACUUUGUUGCUUCUCUUAUUUUCCACAUUGAUGUGGUAUGAAGUGGGAAGAUAUCAUUUGUGGGCAGAACAUGUGUCGGAGUUUCGUCGAGAGGUGGUUCCAGGUCGUACAUACAAUCUCUUAACAGAGUACGUUCCACAGGACAUAGAGACAGAGUUUCUCCCAUAUCGCUCGAUUUCAUCCCAAUAA